AUAAAGUAGAAAGAGGGACGAAGGGAGGAUAAGAUAGAGGGGAGAGGAUGGCUGCUACAGUAUAGUGCUGGAACUGAAUGAGAGCCAUGGAGGCACGGUUAACUCUCUCUGAGUAACUCUUGCAUACGUAAUACAAUUUUCUCUCUCUCCCCCCUUUUCCUCCUAGAAACACGCACACUAGUGUGUUCUCUCUCUCACUCCCGUACGCUCCCUUGCUCGCAUUAUCUCUCUGACUCCCUUCCCCCACUCCCUUUCAGUGACACAGAAAAACGAACGCCACCCCUCUCUCUCGUUCUCCCCCAUCCUCCAAUGGGACACAAACACCCUGGUCUCUCAUUCCACCCGCUCUCUCUUUGUUUUUGUUGUUUAUUUGUAAUCCCCCUCUUUUUCAGUCAAAUCACCCACGGUCAUGGAAGAUUAUCUCUCAUCUUUCCAUCACUCUCAUUCUCUCCAUCUCUGCUUUUUCUGCUUGUUGUUGAAUCAUGGUGUUGAUACUAUUUUGCGGUCUUCACUUGCAGUCUUCACUUCACAAACUGGUUUUGCAACUUCCCUCUCCCUCUAUUCAUCGCUCACCCUCCAUCCGGCCCUCCCUCCCCUUCUCUCUUGCUCUCAGUAUCCAUCUAAGUGGUGUGCUUAUUUGCUUCUGCCUAAAUAUAUGUGCAUCUCUACCUCUCCCUCUCCCUUCCUCUCUGCACAACACAGCCAAACACUGCCCUGCCUAACCACACAGGAGAUUUCUUCAACAAAUAUUUUGUGGAUUUUUUUGUGCAGAAAUCUGUAAUGUGACUCAAACUCUAAUAAUUGGACCUUUUCUCGUUUUGUAUGUUUGCAUUUAGACGAUCGUGGAUUUUUUUGUGCUGAUUUGUUGAUUUUGGUCAGAUUUUUGCCUCCUAAUCUGAGAGUGUAGAGAUUGGUAUGUUGUGUGUGUGACUGGGUGUUGAUGGGGGUUUCAGUUAGAGCUGUGUCUGUAUCGCCCAGCAGCAUCAUCAUUUGUGUGAGCUGAGAGUGGACGGAGCCCUAAUCUCCGUCAACAGAUUAAUUAUCGCUGGGCACAAUCGUGUCGUUGCCUUGUUGUGAAGUCGCCUGGCUGAGCGAUCUGCUGCCUGCAUGGGGUUCCGACAUGACGAUAAGGGUCCCUCUGGGGUGUCUUCUCAAUCCUAAUCCCUCUCUCUCCUCCCUCUCUCUCCUCUCUCUCUUGCGCUGAGGGCUCCUCUCUUAUCCAUCAACACAAUCACCUCUCCACUGUUACCAGACAACCAUACAAUCACAGGCUGUUUAAUAUUUCAAAAACAAACAGACCCUGUUAUUUAUUUACAUUUGACAUAUUUUUGGGGUUCGUGUCCCUAAACCUAUAUAUUUCAGUAUCAGUUUUUUUCCCAAGAGGAUCCAGCGUUGAUGUUUGGCAACAGUAUACCUCAGUGAGUGUGUAGAUAUUUGACGGAACACCAGAGAAGAGCAAGAUAUAGCAGAACACCCUCCCAACGCUACAGUCAAAGUUCCUUUCAACAGGGUGGAGGAGGGGGGGUUAGGUUAUAUGGUAUGGCUGCCAUGGCGACCGUGCCCAGCUACACCCCUUCGCUAUGGGUAAGAAUGUGCCACGCCCUGCCCCGGCUGGACCUCACCAUGACGAUGAGAGACAACCUCUUCAUCCCCGACAGCUGGGUGUACCAACAGACUCUACUGGUCCUCUCUAGUCUCUCGGCCAUUGCUCUCAUUCUCUCCCUCCUCGUCAUUAUCUCCUUCCUUAUACACUACUGCUGCUGUCGCCGUGGUGACCGGAGCGAGGGAUCUGAGGAAGAGGAGGAGGAUGAAGAGGGCAGCACGGGCCACGGAUACGGAGGCAAGAAAGGGCGGGGUAUCUGCUGUGUCACCUGGGUGUCGGUGGCGGCUGUCACACUGUGCUGUGUUGCUGUAGGCGUUGGUUUCUAUGGCAACAGUGAGGCUAAUGAUGGGAUAUAUCAGUUGACCUCGUCUCUUCUCACAGCCAAUUACACACUGGCUUCCAUCGAUCUGCUGGUUUCAGACACAAUCUCUGGGCUACAGCUGUCCAUCGCCGGGCCCCUGACCACCAUGGAGGAGCUGUUUACAGGCAGUAAGCCCUACUUGGUGUCCACCCGGAACUGUAGGAGACUGUCAGAGAACGUGGUGUCCCUGGUCACCUCUCUGACCAUGGCUCGCUCCUCUGACGGGGGUGCCUGGAACAGCAGUAACAUUAGCGGAGAUCCUCCCAUAGCAGCCCUCACCCCUGUGCCCCCCUCCAUGGCCUCCACAGUGGCACCAGUCGGGGGGGUCAUGCCAAGCCCCUUCUCCCCUGGCUGGGCAGCCAACACACUGAUGGUCAACGAGGACUACAGGUGGCUGUCCUACGUGCUGCUGUUGCUGCUGGACCUCCUAGUGUGUCUGUUCAUCCUGCUGGGGCUAGCCAAACAGGCCCGCUGGCUCCUCAUCCUGAUGACGGUGCUGGCCUGGAUGGCUCUGUUCCUGAGCUGGGGCUCCCUGGGCCUGGAGACUGCCACUGUGGUGGCUGUCAGUGACUUCUGUACAGAUCCCAACACGUUUGUGCUCAACUCCACCCACUUCAACUCUGGGACCAGCUCAGACGUGUUGGAUUAUUACCUGACCUGCAGCAGACGUAUGAACAGCCCUUUCCAGCAGCUGCUGACCCAGUCACAGAGGGCCCUUUCCAGCAUCCACACACACCUAUCCAGCCUGGACCGGAAUGCUCUCCCACAGGUCCCCAAGGCAGAGAAGUCACUCAGGGAGGUUCAGCAGAUUCUCAAUGCCACAGAGGGCAACUUUCACCAGCUAGUGGCGCUACUCAACUGUCGAGGUCUCAACAAGGAUUAUAUUGACUCUUUGAAAGGCCUGUGCUAUGACGGGAUGGAGGGAUUGCUCUACCUCUCCCUCUACUCUUUCCUUUCGGCUCUGGCCUUCACUGCCAUCCUCUGUUCCCUGCCCGGCGCCUGGAGAAGCUUCCCCAGUGAUUCCGAGGAGUAUGAAGAUUCGGACAGCGAGAGCGAGGACCCCUUCACUUCCCAUCAGGCACGUAGACAGCCGGCCGUGGGGUCUCAGCGAGGGGCCUUGCCCCCCUUCUAUAAUUACCAGGGGGCCGGGUGGACUCCUCCCUUUUCUAGCGCGCCACCCCUCCCGACUCCAAACGUUUCCUCCAAUGGCAACCCUGGCUAUGAGAGCCUACCCCUGACUGACAGGCAGUCCCCACCCCCCUCUUACUCUCCCAGCAUGCUGACUGGUUACGGGGGUAGUCAAACACACCCCAACUCCACCCAUUCAAGGAACCUGUAUUCACGCUAAUUUUUUUUAUGUUUAAAAAAAGUACAGAUUUUUUUUAGUUUUCUUAUGAAUGAACACUUUACUGAGAUGAAAAAAUAACUAAUCCCCCAAAAUUGAGCUUUAGAUGUAAAUUAAAGGUGCGUAACAUCAGUACCAAGAAGGUUGAAUGGCCUGCUGUAGAACCUCACAGUAAACUAAUGUCAGAUAGAUACAGUAGGUAGCAUGAUUAUGAAGAUGUCUGAACCAGGUUCACUUGGUCAAAGUCACCCCUUACAAUCCCCCUUGUCUGACAAGUGUCAACAGUUGCGCGGCGAGCCAGAAUGGUAUUGACGUUAUGACAUUGUGUAGUUCUAUGUUUUUUAAAUGUAGCACCAAUUUAUUUUCAUGUUUUUAUAUCUAUAUCUUGUUGUAGAGAAACACUGACACAUAGAAACAAGACACAUUUUUGGGUGAAUGAAUAUGCAGUCUCCUCACUUUGUGUUCAACGUGCAAUUUUUAUUUGAUUUACUUUUUAAUAGGUGAAAAUUCUGUACCUCCCUUGUAUUACCUUCUGAUACUAUACUGUACAUUUCACUGUUGAUGACAUUAUCUAAAUCAGGGAUGGGCAACUCCUGUCCUUGGGGCCGGAGUGGUGACAAAACUAAACUAAUGAUCAUGAUUAGGCGAUUAUUGGAGUCAGGUGCAGAAGGGACACCAAGUCCCCAAGGACUGGAGUUGCCCAUCCCCUCAUGAAACUUUGCUCUUAAAAAGAACAUUCAAGAGAGAGCUAUAGUACUUCCUCUCUGUAGGCUGAAUGGAGAACUACAACUCCCAUCCAACCCCGAGACCAUUAGAGAACUACAAAUCCCAUGCAAUGACAGCAGGCACAUAGCAAUAAAACUCCUGCCACUGGUGCUGCAGUAGCCCUACCGUAAAUAGCAAUAAUAACUAUUUGGCAGUGUGUUUCUGGGGUCUCGAUAGGAUGUUAUGUAAAUAUGCGAUGUCAGAUUUCAUUGAACACCCUACUGACCUUGUUAACCCUUGAAUUGCAUCCUUUUUCACUCCAGAGUCUAAUAUAAAUAAAAUAAUAACAAUGAAUAAAGUUUGGCCUUGUUUAAAUCACUCAACUGUACUGCUGAACCUCUGAAAGAGUGUAUGCACACAAAGACAACAAGACACAUCGUUACAUAUAAAUAACAUUUUCUUUAUAUCGUUUGAGUGCGUGUAACAGAAAGACAGUGCUCCCAUUCACUUGGAUAUGCAUAGUUAGAUGUAGACGCAGACAGAACACAAACAUAGAAGCAUUAUUUUCACACAGUCAGUUGUCAACAUGACAUCCAGUGCCUCCUCUGUACCUCAGUGCAUAGAAUAACUUAAAAGACAAACCAGUUCUAACUGGUCUACCUCAACAAUGCAGUGCAUAGAGAGAGAAGAGAAGGAAGGAAGAGAGAGAACGAGGAUAUAGAUGCAGCUGUAGUGUAGAAAUCCAAACAACAGCCAGUAAACUGUUUCAAACAAGCCAUUUGGGACAGAAAUCCCGUCAUCUUAAAUUCUCUCUGGAACUUUGUGUGUGUGUGUGUAAGAGUCCCCACACUCCUCAGCAACUGGUAAUGCGUUUCCUGAAAUAUGUACUUUCUGUUAAGCGUCUCUUGUUUUCUAAAAUGUUAUUUGUUUUCCAGAGUAGAGCAGGAGUUUGAGUCCCAUGCUGAAUGAAUGGAAUGCCCAGGCCAGAGGAAUCACUUCCUGAGGUCAUCAGAGUUCAGCCAGGUUCCGUACUCCUCCACGUCCCUCACAACCAGGAGCAUCUCUGCCACGUCCGGAGACAGCUGUUCACUGAGAAAUAUACUGAGAGAGAGAAGCGGAGUGUGGUGAGGGAGAGAGAGCAAUUGGGAGAGUGAGAGAGACUGGUUUACAAGAGUGCAAAGUACAAACUGUAACAAACAGACACUGUGGUAAGCCUCAUGGGACCACUCCUCUAACAGGAUGAGAUCGAACUCUGACUAGUAGUCUACCACAGUCAAAUUGUGGGCUGCGUUCAAGGGUUCCUGACAGGAUUACUAUGUAAAAAUUUUUUUUUACAGAGGGACAUUUCUGUUUGUAAACAACAAGCAUGAGAAGUUGAGCGUAAAGUUGGAGAUACUGUGUCUUUGAUUAGGAGUUGUACAAUGCAUGUCUGCAAAGUCAUCGUCCCUCCCUUCACUCACCGGAGAUCUGCUUCGUUCCCGAUGCAGACAGGACUCUUUAGUUUGGAGUCGAGGUUGUAGUAGUGUCCAUUAACCUGGCGCACUGCAAGCCAGUGCCGCCGCUUGACGGGGAGGGACACAAUUCCAAGAGAGACACGUGACGGAACGUUCAGGAUGAACCCCUGGACCUUGUCAACACAGAGACUCUGUACUGUUCUGAGGGAGAAAUAGGAAAAGGGAAGGAGAUGUUGGUUUAAAAUCAACAGAGCCACAGUGGUGGUGAGGGGAGGAACAGUGAUGAACAGUAGAAGUAGACAGAAUCGGUGGCGAAGUUUCCUUAUCAGUAUAUUUUCUUUGGUCAAUAAAACUUUAGCUCUUCGUGA